AUGUCCAUCGUUCAAAUCUUAUGGGAUUUUCGUAAUCUAAUUUUUUCACCAUUUCAAAAUGCAGCGCAACUAGGCAUCAAUCAAAGUUCGGGGAAACCUACCGCUGGUCGUUAUGUUCCUCCCCAUUUGAGAGGUCAACCUAACAGAAAUAUUAAUA